AUCAAACCGAGAAGCCAUUUUUAAGCCGAGAUGGAAUUUUCCACAGUGGAUGUUCGUAUAUGUCCCGAGUCAAAAUGACACCCGGAUCUUGUACCUCUCGACUUUGGCACCUGACCCUGCUCCUGGUAGUCUUUCCAAGCACGAAUUCGCCCUUCCCAAAUGGGUUGCAUCUUGACCUUUGCUGUGGCAUACUGACUGCUCGUGUGACGAGAUUCGUCACAAUAUGCAACUUGAAUUCAGGCUGUCGCUUCACUACCACGUUUAGCACAAAGGCCCCUGGUGGCUUAGGUCUCACAAAUACGAUGGGGCGAUGCUGAAGUCGAAGCUGCGUCUAUCACACUCAGCAUCGUGUGACUCCCCUCCACUCGCUCUUCUCCGAUAUCCGGCAUGAUGCAUCAAACAAAUAUCUUAGAACUUCGCAAACUUGUUUGAACUGCGAGCUAUCUCGGACCAUAGUCUUUAUAGAAGGCGAGAUUUCAAUAAAAU